CAUGGGCAAAUCAGGUGAUGGGAAGUUGAAAGAAACUUAGAGAGAAUCGAAGAAAAAAGUUCUCUUUUUCUGAGAGAGGGCUUUUCAUCGCCUCCUCCUAUUAAUCGAAUUCUCUCUUUCUCUCCUAGUUAAAAUCUUAUCUUUCUUUACAUUUAUCUCUCUCUUUCUCUCUCAUUAUCAUCACGAUAACUUUUCUCUUCAUCAUUUUAAUCAUCAAUUCAUUUGUGACUUUUGCUUGUUAUUCACUGAGUGUCUAUUGACCAGUCAGUUGAAACUUGACCAUUAACUGAGUUAGUUCAUUUUCAGUUCGUUGAUUUUAAAUUCGUUACAAAUUAUUAUUCAAUUGUGAUCAACUAUAGUUUCACUUUUUCUGUGUUUUUUAAUCACUUUUUUUAAAACUGUUUUGUUUUUCAACGACUCGCUUGACCGUUGCAAUGAAGUGGUCACUUUUAGGAUUUAUUUUGAUCGCUUCCUUGCUUCCUAUUGUAUUAUCUAAGUCAUCAUCAUCAUCAUCAUCAUCACCAUCUUCACAAUUAACACCGCCAUCAUCAUCAUAUAAUAAACAUGGUUACAAUUAUAUCUCUGGCCAGGAGAGGAAGUUAAUUGUAUCCAGAGCAAAAUAUAUUCAAUCAAACCUAUUUGGCGAUUCUAGUGAUUCAAUAUCAACCUUAUCGUUAUCAUCUAGAUCAUCACCAUUAACCAAUUUAUCAUCAUCUUUUUUAAACACAAUUGAUCAGCUAAAAAUUAGUAAUCAAUGUAAAUCAUUUUUCUAUCAAUACCAACAAGCUCAUUCAUUGGAAUCGACUUGGGCUCAUGAACUCGAAGAUGCUCAAGGUAAAAUAAUCUAUGGUGUUAUGAAGGGAAACACUGAAUUUCUCGGCGAUUUUGAUGAAUGUGUUAAUCUUAAAGUCGGAACUGAAUCUAAUCCAUGGAUCGACUCUAAUGGUGAUGGUAAUCACGUUUUCACCGGUCGCUACUGUACAAUUGUUUUAUCACUCAAACAAUCAACUGACAACGACCAGAAUAAACUGAAAGGUUUUAAAGCGGAAAAAUGUCGACUUGGAUUCUGUUCAUUAACUGCCUGUUCAAAAGAUGAUUUAAAUAAAUUGAUUAAAACUUCAUUCGAAGAUGAUCAAGUAGGAUUACAAGUAACAGGUUGUGCUGGACCCGAGGAGUGGCAAUUAGCAUCAACACCUUCAAUAAUUAGAAUCACCUUUGCAGUCUUGGUUAUCCUCUUAAUUGCUGGAACAAUUUUAGAUCGAUUAGUAAAUAGCAAUGAAAUUGCCGAUAACAAUAACGAAGGAGAUGAAGUAAUUAAACCUUUCUGGAUGGAAGUGUUGAUUUCCUUUUCAUUGCCUCGUAAUUUAAGAUCAAUUUUGGUUGAAAAUGCGACACCGGAGCGAUCGAGAUUCAUUAAUGUACUCAAAGCGAUUUGUAUGUUACUCGUACUUCACGGCCACGGACCUUUAACAAUACGAUUCGUAUCGUUAAAUUCAAUAUCAAAUCUUUACUACAUGUUAGCUGGACCCUUUCAAACUGUAAUCAAUGCUGGUUUCCUAUCAGUUGAUUUUUUCCUAUUCACAAGUGCAUUCAUAUCAGUUAAAGUUGUUUUCCCUCGAUUCAAGGAGCUGUUUGAACGACGAGCUAAUCUCUCAAGCUAUUUAUCAAAUAUCGCUUUAGUUUUAGGCUAUCGUUACAUGAGAAUCGUACCUGCAUUGAUUUUCCUGAUGAUGAUGCAUGUUUGGUCAGAAAAUGCGAACUCUGGUCCAUUAUGGGCUGAGUAUGUUCAAAAAUACCUGAGUCCAUGCAGAGACCAAUGGCUUCCCAAUAUCUUAAUGUUGACCAAUGUCCUUCCUUGGAAUCCUGAAGAACCCAAUUGUGCUUUCCAUUCCUGGUACCUUGGACUGGACAUGCAAUUGUUUAUCUUCAGUCUUGUCUUUUUCAUCAUCUUGGGAGCAAUUAAACCCAAAUUAGCAAUUUACCUGAAUUUAUUAUGUUUAACUGGAUCAAUCUUGGCCAAAGGUGUAGCAACCUAUUAUUUCAAUUAUCCACCAACAGUAUUGUUUGGUAAUCGAGAUCGUGAAUACCUUUACUUUAGUCAAAUCUACACGAAACCCUGGUUCCGAGCUGACCCUUACAUUAUUGGACUUCUUUUUGGUUAUUUCACUCGAGGUGGUCAAACCUUAAAGCUUAACCGAGUGACCAAAAUAGCCAUUCACUCACUAGUCAUUGGAGCCAUGUUGUUUGUCCUUAAGGUUCCCAUUCAUUAUCAUGAUGUUGACUCUUAUUCAGGCUCAUUGGGUAUCGCCCUUUAUGGUGCUUUACACAGAGCGAUAUGGUCACUUUGCUUGGGCUGGAUAUUUUUCUCUUCUUAUGCAAAUGACUUCCCCUUGUUGACCACUAUCGCUAAAUGGCAUGUAUGGGAAGUUCUGUCCAAUGCUUCCUAUCAAUUUUUCCUCUUUCAUCCUUUAGCUUUUUUCAUCUUUUUUGGUUCUUAUCGAACUCAUUUCUCAAAAGGACAAUAUCCAUUGUAUAUAUCUUUGACUGGAGUUUGUAUUUCUCUUCUUGUGGCCACUUUGAUACUCCCUGCGAUCGUUGAAUGGCCAUUUUCAAAUAUCAUGAAAGCGGCGAAAAACCGAUUAACUGGAAAAAAGAUGAAAAAAAUUCAAUAAUCAAAUGUAUUUACCCUUUGAUAGUUCACAAUCAACAUCAACAAGAAACACACAACGAUA